CCUUCUUAAUACAGUCAUUGUUGUGCUGAUUGCUUCAAAUCGAAAGAUCACAAUGCUCAAAACAAAAUUACUCCUGCAGAUAUUUUUCUUCGUGGUAUCUAUAGCAUCCAUUUCAGGGAAAAAAUGUGACUCACUUGGACUUCUGAUCUACGAAGAUUUAGGCUGCGUUCCCGAACAUGGUAGCGAUGAUCAAGAUUGCCCAGUUAAAUACACCUGCACUGGAUUGGGAGAACCCGAUGGACACUGCUACUUCCGGGGAAAAAGUUACAGGAAACACGAAUUAGUAGACAACAGUUUAACAUCUCCACCGUGCGAUAUCGGCUGCUUUUGCUCACCAGACGAAAAUAUUUCUCGAUUUAUCUGUGCGGUUCUCGACUGCCCGGAAUGGCUUGGCGCCCCUGUAACACCUGGUUGCUACAGAAAAUAUUCCUUGGACGACUGCUGUUCCACCGGUGAAAUCUGCGAUUCUUCCAACAUCGAGAAAUGCACAGUAGAAGGCAAAGAAUACAAAGAAGGGCAAAAGUUCUAUCCAGCCAACACCUGUCUGGACUGCGUCUGCCAAAAGGGUUUUAAAGGAAAAUUCGAAGAACCAUUCUGUAAGCGACGCCGCUGUGGACAACAACUCCGAAGGGACGGGCGAAAAAUUCAGACCUCUUGUGCUCCAUUUUACACCAAGGCACGGUCUGGAGAAGUACUUUGUUGUCCAGAAGAUUGGAUCUGUUCUGACGACAGUGAAAUUUUGAAAGGCGACGCCAAGACACAGGAAAUUUGCAAGUUUGGUCAAAAAGAUGUGAAAGUCGGACAGUACUUUGAAAAAGCCAACUUCAAAAAUUUCGAGAAGAUUAAAUGCGAGUGUGUGGUUCCUCCUCUUCUGAAGUGUACUGACGCGUGAUCUAAAGUACUUAUCUUGUAUGGUCUAGAAAUAUAAUAAACCGAAACCACACCCUUCCGGAUAAAAACA